AUGGCAAACGGCUUUCUUGCUUCUGUGUGGGGACGAGGACUCAAAUGGCUGGGCGCCCAGUCGCGAACUUAUCUCGUUACCUAUUCCACGAGUUGGUCGGCCGGGGUGGUUGUCGCUGCCAAACGUGCGCGUGCCGGGAGUCGGGAACCGUCAAGCAGGAGGCAGCCCGGCGCGACACCGAAUCGCGGCGACGAGAAACCGAAAGCAGAACCGAACACAGAGAAGCCGUCGAUUUUGGGCGGGCUCGACGGUACAACCAGCGCACUCAUGGUGUCGCAUCACAGCGACGGGGUCACCUCGUUGAUGGUGCGGGGGUCGUCGUCGGUAGUGGGAACCAGCUCCAGCGGCCGGGGGACCGGGUUACACAGCUCGUCGCGAUCGCGACGGUACAACCGCUCUCACGCUGGUGGUGCCUCAUUCAUACCGCAGAAUGAGUUUCCAAUAUUCAGCCACAGCGGCGACGUCGAGAUCGUCGUGCGUGUGGCCACUGGGCACGAGAAUCGCUAUCUCCUUCAUCGACACAUCCUCACACGCUGCUCCGGCUUCUUUGAAGCCAGCACAAGUAAUGAAUGGUCGCGCGCCCAAGUAGUCCCCGGGCCGGCGCCGUCCAGGGCAGUUGGCGCGAUAGAAGGAGCCGGCGCAAAUGGGGGAGAGCUGGCACGGAUAGACGACCGAGGGGCAAGCGGCGAUGAAGGCAGCAAACCUGGGUCGACGGCACCGGCGCAAACCAGGAAGAGGUGGCGGUAUGAGCUCGACUACGGGUCUGACGACAACGACGUACCAAUGUUGGUGCAAAAGGAGGAAAGCAGCAACCCGCCGCCGGUAACCAAUUCAAUAUUCGGUGGCACUCCCAACAACCAGUCUUCGAACCGCCAGUCCCACCGCAAGUCAACGUCGCACUCCUUCUUUCGAUCCGUGGCCAACCUCAGCCUCUCCUCAACGCACGCUCCUACUCUUCCACCGCCCACGCCGGAGGAGGAGGACCUAUUACGAGAUUACGAUAACCUGUUCCGCAUUAUGUACAACUACCCACCUCUGCUCGACGCCGUCAACAUUGCCGACGGCUACGUCCAAUGCAAGUCGCUACUCCACCUCGCAGACCAGUAUGAUGCUCUUGCGGUUGUCGGCCCUCGCGUUGACCAUCACAUGUUGCAAUUCCAGUCGCGCCUGUGGAAGCAAAUCGCCAAAUACCCCAUCAGCUACCUCCGCCUCGGCUACCUCGCGCGAUCCAAAGUCAUUUUUCAAGAAGCUCUCAUCCACGUCGUCGGUCAGUGGCCGGCAGGCGAGCGCUCCAUCCGCGCCGCCCUCCCCGAGACAGUCGUCGACAUCAUCGAGGACAAGGUCGACGAGCUCGAGGAGACGGUCAGCCGCAUCGAGGCCCGCCUCUUCCGCCUCACCCUUACAACCCGCUCCGGCGAGCGCAUCACCCCAGCGAGCGGCUACCUCGAGUGGCUCGCCGUCAGCCUCUUCCGCCAGUGGCUAGCGGACAACACCGCCCCACCCAUGCCAGCCGCCCCCGAGCGCGCCAACGCCAACGCCAACCCCCGCAACCCGGCCGCGCCGAGGGGCCGGCUCGGGAGCAACAGCAGCGGGAGCGGCGGCAGCGCGGCAAACGGCCGGUCAGGGAGCCACAGCGGCGGCAGCGGCGGCCACGCCAGUAACCCCAACAGCCACUUACAGGUCGCCGCGCUCCCGCCGCCGAUACCGACGCUCGCGUCGCUGGGGCGCACGUACCGCCUGCUCGGCGGCGGGCCCGGGUCCGGCGGCGGUGUGGGCCCGGAGAAGGGAUACCUCGGCCACGACGAGUGCAAGCGCUUCCUCAAGCUCACGCCGGAGCUGUACACGCGCGACAACCUGCGCCGGUUUGAGAAGCGCGUCGACGAGCUCAAGGCUAUGGCGAGGGAGGUCGUGCGCCCGCUGAUGGGGAGUGGGCUCGAGCUGGAGCUGAUCCAUGGCCCCGGGGCUGCGGGCAUCGCUUACCUGACCUGCACCGAGGUGAGGGAUAGGGACUUGCCGUGGGGGUUUGACUAG